GCUGGGUUAAAUGAACACGGGCUUUGUUCUAAAGAAAAAUUCGUGCUUAACCCCUUUCUCUCUUCACAAUUUUAGCGGGAAAUUAAAAACCCUAAAUAAAACCCCCACACAAAAGGGAAAAAGGAAAAAAAAAUCUGCAUAAAGAAGAUAAAAAUGGCAGCAGCGGAGGAUGAUCAAGAGGCGGGACAAGAUCAACUUGACGAAGAAUUCUCUGUAUGGAAGAAGAAUACGCCAGUUCUCUAUGAUCUCGUCAUCUCCCACCCUCUCGAGUGGCCAUCUCUCACUGUCCAGUGGGUGCCCCUCGCUGCACCAAUGCCUCACCCAACUGACCCCUCGUCUUUCUCUGUUCACAAGCUGGUUCUUGGCACUCACACUUCUGAUGAUUUCCCCAACUUUCUCAUGGUUGCUGAUGCUGUGAUGCCCACUUCCGUCGCUGAUGCCAAGAUUGACACUAGUUGCAGUUCUGCGGAUUCUGUGAUUCCUAAGGUGGAAAUUACACAGAAGAUACGUGUUGAUGGAGAGGUGAACAGAGCACGAUGUAUGCCACAAAAUCCUGCUAUUGUUGGUGCAAAGACAAGUGGUUGUGAGGUUUAUGUGUUUGAUUCUACCAAACAAGCGGAGAGGAAACAAAGGGAUGGCUGUGAUCCGGAUUUAAGGUUAACUGGUCAUGAUAAAGAAGGGUAUGGAUUGUCGUGGAGUCCAUUUAAACAGGGUUAUCUUGUGAGUGGCUCACAUGAUAAUAGAAUAUGUUUGUGGGAUGUGUCCGGCAAUGCUCAAGAUAAAGUGCUUGGUGCAUUGCAAGUUUAUGAGGCCCAUGAAAGUGUGGUUGAAGAUGUGUCAUGGCACUUGAAGAAUGAAAAUUUGUUUGGUUCUGUGGGGGAUGAUUGUCGAUUAGUGAUCUGGGACAUGCGCACAAAUCAAACCCAACAUUCUGUUAAAGCUCACAAGAAAGAGAUUAACUAUCUAUCAUUCAAUCCAUACAAUGAAUGGAUUCUGGCCACAGCUUCUUCAGAUGCAACUGUUGGUCUGUUUGAUAUGCGGAAGCUGACUGCACCACUGCAUGCUUUAAGUAGCCACACAGAAGAGGUAUUCCAAGUAGAAUGGGAUCCUAAUCAUGAAACAGUGUUAGCAUCCUCCGCUGAUGACAGAAGAUUGAACAUUUGGGACCUGAACAGGAUCGGCGAGGAGCAGUUAGAGUUAGAUGCUGAUGACGGCCCACCAGAACUUCUUUUCUCUCACGGAGGUCACAAGGCAAAGAUAUCAGAUUUUUCAUGGAAUAAAAAUGAAUCAUGGGUCAUCUCAAGUGUGGCUGAUGACAAUACCCUUCAAGUGUGGCAAAUGGCUGAAAGUAUUUAUGGUGACGACGACAUACCGGCUGCUGAUGAGCCUCCUCUAGCUGAAAAGUGAGCAAAAAGCUAACCUUUGUAGCUAUAAUUAGGCAACGAACGGUGAUUUGUUUUUCCUUUUGCUCCUAACAUGGUCAACUUUUGUUUAUUUCGACGUUUUAUAUGCAAUUUCUGCAACUUUAUGCCUAA